AUGUCGCUUUCGGUCUGGGACGACGCGUGGAACAGAGCCCAGCCAACGCUGGACAGUAUGCAAUCAACCCUCAUCAGUGAAGAACCUGUUAAACCUCGAAUUAUUCGAGUUGGACAGCUUGAUUCCGAGCUCCUAGACCAGGAGCUUGCCCAGCUGCUUCAGGAACCGGUGUCGAAAGCACUAUCUCUGAUAAAUGUCUCCUUGAAGUCUCGAUUCGAUCCCGAGAUACGACUAUUCAUCCAGUUGGUGCUCUACAAAUUCUCUGUCUGGAACACCGGCGCAAGCUACGGCGCCAAACUCCAAGACCUCCAUUAUGCAGUCCCAAUUUCAAAGGGGAAUGCAGCUACAACGUCCCGCAUACCCCGGAGAACGCUUGCCAUCCAUGCACUCUUGACUCUCCUCGGACCUUACUUUCACACUCGCCUUCGCACGUACGCGCUAUCUCAUGCAUGGCCAGACGCACCGUCGUCAGACAUACGGCGGAAGGCAUGGAAUCUCCUCGAGCUUCUCGAAUCAAUGCACGCGUCCUUGAGCCUUGCCAACUUUACUUUGUUCUUAUGGAAUGGACGAUAUCGGACGUUAGCUGACCGGUUACUUUCAAUGAGACUUGUCCCCUCGAGACACCAGGUCCGGCGAGACGUCAGUUACGAGUUUAUGAAUCGCCAAAUGGUUUGGCACGCGUUUACAGAAUUCCUCCUAUUCUUCCUCCCUUUGAUCGACGCAAGGACUGUGCGGAAGCGGUUUUAUCGACUAGCAGCUUGGUGCUCCCCUUCAGCUGCGCUCUCACUACUCCCAUCUAAGGCUCUCUCUACUCUCGGAAUAUCUCAGUCAAACCUAGCCUCCAAACCACAGAAAAAGGCAAAGUACGCAAAUGCCCCCGAAGACCAGUGCGCAAUAUGCGCAGAGAAUGCAUCAUUCAAUCCCAACCCCUCCGAGCAAGCCAACAUGUUCACAGCUAUGGCCCUGCCGGUCCUCGACACUUCAAGCUCGGAAGAAACCAUUUCCCCAUAUCCCAUCCACAUUCCCUACAUCACAUCGUGCGGCCACGUUUAUUGCUACCACUGCAUAGCAGAACGCAUGAUUCGCUCAGCAGACGAUGGAGACCAGGGCUGGGAAUGUCUGCGGUGCUGCGAAAUCGUGCAGGGUGCGGAUCGAUAUUCCGUCGAGGUACCCGAGAGCGAUUCCGACCUCAAUGUCAGCGGGAGUGAAUACGAGUUUAGUAGUGAUCUGGAUAUGUAUACAGACAUGUCUGGUUCCAUGGGUAGCUUUAGUGAAUCCGCACUGUCCGAAUGA